ACAGAUGUCUCGGUUAGCCUGCUCUCCGUUAUUGUCACCUUCUGUGGAAUUGUUCUUCUUGGAGUCUUGCUCUUUGUCUCCUGGAAAUUAUGUUGGAUACCAUGGAGGGACAAAGGUUCUUCUCAGACUCAUCGCAAAGAUCAUGGACACCAUGGGCAUCUUCACCACUCUCACUAUGGGGACUUGUUGGUGGAUAGGGUAGAGCUUGGAGUUGAGAUGCCUGAACGCUCUUAUUUAGAUAUGGACUCUUACCCAGAAGCCAACAUUAAAAUCAGUCAGACGUCCCCAGACAUACCAGUAGAUAGCCAGGGUGUGGCCAAGGAAUCUCAGAUGCCUUAUGCACAGUCACACCAGCAAGUUGCAAAUAUUGCUCCUACUAACAGAUACAGCACGUUACCCAGACCCAUGACACAGCAGUUGUCCAGUCCUGAUUUUUCAGGUCACGUGGAUGAGAAACCAGAGCAGGCCACCAGUAUUGGGCAGAUAAAGCCGGAGUUAUAUAAACAGCGUUCAGCAGAUGCCGAGAUGAAGAAACAGGAAGCCACAAGCUGUGGGCGUAUCAGUUUUAUCCUUCGAUAUGCCUAUAAUACAGAACAGCUGGUGGUAAAGAUACUGAAGGCUCUAGACCUACCGGCAAAGGAUGCCAAUGGAUUCUCAGAUCCUUAUGUGAAGAUGUACCUUCUUCCAGACCGCAAGAAAAAGUUCCAGACUAAAGUUCACCGCAAGACUCUUAACCCAAUCUUUAAUGAAACAUUCCAUUUUAAUGUGCCCUUUAAUGAGCUUCAAAACCGCAAAUUGCACUUCAGCAUUUAUGACUUUGACCGAUUCUCCCGGCAUGACCUCAUUGGUCAGGUGGUGAUAGACAAUUUGCUGGAUUUCUCAAAUCCAACAGAAGAAGUUCCCAUCUGGAGAGACAUCCUAGAAGCCAGCUCUGUAAGUGUCUAA